UUCAUUUACCAGUUGUUGACCUUGUGCGCAUUGAGUAUUGCGCAUUGUGGUUCCAUGAUGGCGUUAGCUGGGUGUUACUUUACCCUGGUCAUGUCGCGAGUGAAAUGUCGUCGUUUCGUCGUUUGAGUAAUGGCCGGCACCAACAACGUAGAUAAUGACGAGAAGGGUUUGUGGUUAGAAUUCUGUGAGAAACAAGCAAAAGCAGCUGCCGUAGAAUUUACACAAAAUUAUCGUAUAUUUAUAAACGAUCAUCCGAAUUGUAAUAAAAACAAUCAAGAAAUAUGUAAACAAUUUACCGAACAUUUCCUCGAAUGUUUCGAAAAUGAAUUAAAGAAGAAACAUGGAUCAACAAACGGAGGAGAAAUCGGAGGAGGAGGAGGAGCGGGAGGAGGAGGAUCAGGAGGAGGAGGAGGAGAAGGAGUCAAAAUUAGAACGAGAAAUCAAGAUACUUCGCAAGAAAAUUUACGUUCUUUACUGACAAAUAACGAAGAUUACAGCGAUCUCUCAGAUUUAGAAAACGAUUCGCCGAAAACUCAUCAUCGCCCUUUCUUCAGGCGUCUUUCUUUCAAAGGAUUGAAGAGAGGAAAAGGUUUAUUUCAUAAACAACAUUCUGAUGAAGUGGAAUUAUCUCAUUCUCAUCAUCAUCAUCAUCAUGCCGAGAGAAGGACGAGAAGUGAAAAGACCAAAUUAGCUAAAAUUGUUGUAGAAUGUAUUAAAGAAGGAGUUGUUAAUUACCUGACUGGUGAUAAUUUGGACGGAAAACAGAAAUGGGAAAAAUGCCGCCUAACAUUAGUUAAAACCGUCGCCGGAUACAUGCUCGAAUUCUAUUCUCCUCCUAAAUCUGUGAAAGCCAGAAAUGGUGUCUUUUGUUUUCUUAUAAACGAAGCGAGAGAAACAACAGCUCUAGAAAUGCCUGAUCACGAGAAUACAUUUGUGUUAAAGGCGGAAAAUCACAUGGAGUACGUCAUCGAAGCUCACGAUUCGGAAGACAUGAAAUCUUGGUUAGCGACCGUGAAAUAUUGCAUGAGACAUUUAGGAGAUACUAGUACUGAAAAUUCUAGACCACGUCUGCCUACCGUACCAACUGACAGUCUCACAAGAUUACGAGAAAAACAAAAUGCUACAAACAUUAAAAAGAGUGAUGAUGCAACACCCGAUGCCAGUCCCGAUCCAGUUCCCGAACUACCUCCCCGUGGCGUCGCAAUAAGCGGACCUGCAAACAGUGCCCAUCCUUCGUCGGCGUCUGGUGGAAAUGGAAGCAGCGAACUAGUCGUCUCACCAAAUGAAAGAGAAACAGAUACGGGGCCCGAUAUUUAUCAGACUCUCCAAGAAUAUCCUUGGUUUCACGGGAUGCUAUCUCGCAGCGACGCGGCCCAACUCGUGCUGCGAGAGGGACCGAUCGGCCACGGAGUUUUUCUGGUGCGUCAGAGUGAAACUAGAAAGGGAGAAUACGUGUUAACUUUCAAUUUUCAAGGCCGUGCAAAGCAUCUUCGUAUGACAAUUAAUCCCGAAGGUCAGUGUAGAGUUCAACACCUAUGGUUUCAGACGAUAUUUGACAUGCUUGAACAUUUCCGUGUGCAUCCCAUUCCCUUGGAAUCGGGUGGUGCCUCCGACGUCACGCUGACCGAGUUCGUGGUCAACCUAGAGGGUACGCAGCUUUCGAGCACUGCGCACGCUGCCAGGGCGUCGCCUUCUCACACGCCCGCGGCAAACAACUCCAACGGCAACCAUGCACACCGUGUUCCUAGCGUUCCGGAGCUGCGAGACGUCGUGACCUAUGGAGGUUCGGUCCGGGUACGGAGUCAGUCUCUGGAGAACCUGCAGUCCCAUCACCAUCAUCCCCAGAACGUGCACGGCAGAGCUGUGGAAAACACCUACUCGUUUGUCUGAGGUCCGUCCUCGAUCUCUCGAACGGAUUCCGAGACACCGCUCAUCUCGUCUGUUAGUCUUUGGUAGACAACGAAACAUUGAAAAACGACAAUUUAGCUUUUAUGGCAAAUGCGGUCGAUAGGCAGCCGAAUAGAGAGUGCAUUUCUGUUUCCCGAUUGUUCGUCUGACGGAACAACAACAGAACCGUUUACGUUUUUGUGAAAUAGUAAUAGAUUUUGUCGAUUUUCAUUUUAGCAACUUAAUUCUGCUCGAAGUCUGAAGAAACUUAGGAAUACGGUUCUUUGUGAAUAGUGUUGCAUGUGAGUGAUUAUAUGGAAAUAUCCGAAGGACCGAAGUUUUCAUCAUAAUUUACUCAGUGACUUGAAUAUCGAAGACUUGCAUGCAUCGGAAUUUAAUUUUAUCAUUCAGUGCAAUUAUUUUGCACAAUCAUGAGUGUUUUUCCUGUAUUAAAAGUAUACACAGAAUUUGCAUUUUGAAAUGUGAAAAUCUUCCAAUGCUGCUGUCGUGGCAAAUAAAUUAUAAUUAUGCAUGAAAUUUGGAUUUUAUUAUUUACAAAAUAAUGCUAGUCUAUUUGACAAAUUAGUUGUAAUCUACUUAAUAUGAUAAAUAAAAAUAAAAUUGGCAUUUUGAAAUCUUUUGAUGUUGUGUUGACAAGAUGUAAUUGGCCACAUACGUCUUAAAAUAUCAAUCCAAUAAGUUGUUAUUAGACUUCUUCAUGUUAACUGAUUGGUUUAUAAGUAGAUUCUUCUCAUAAUACAAAGCAUUAUCACAAAAUUUUCAUGGCGUGUAUGACAAUUAUACAAAACAUAAACAAAAGCUUUUUGUUCACUUCUAUAACAAUAAAAUGAACAAUAUUAAAUCAUGUUUGCAUUGGCUUUUUGCACUGGUAACGGUAUUUAUAAAGUCUUAAGAGGUGGUGUGAUCACGUUUCUACAAAUUUGUAUUCCAUGGCUGUUCUAGGUUUGAAUCUCAAAUCUUUUACAAAAUUUAUUUAAUCUUUAGUAAAAAAAGAAAUGUAACCCACCUUUCUUCAAAAAUAAUUUAGUUGUGUACUGUUGUUCCAUUCCUGUCCUAUACUGCUGGCCAUUAAAAAUGUUACACCAGAAAGGAAAGCAAAUAGCAGAAUCAUAUUUAUUGUACUGUACAUAUACAGUAUAAUGGGAGGAAGACAUGCUUAAAUUGACAGGUCAUUUUGAGGUACAGAGCAUGCAGGAAUCAGUACCCAGAGCGGCUGCCUCUGGCAGAAAUAACAGCUGUAAUCUGACUGGGCAUCAAGUUGAACAGUUUGGAUGGCAGUUAUGAGUAUAGUUGCCCAUGUGGUUUCAACUCUAUGCCAGAGUUCAUCUAUUGUACUGGCUGGCGAGUGGUAGCAUGCCAGUUUCUUGGCAACCAUUGACCAGACAUUCUCAAUUGGUGACAGAUCUGGAGAACAUGCUAGCCAGGGCAACAGUUGAACACACUAUAUUCAGGAAGAUCAGGAAAGCAUGGGCAACAUGCAGUCAUGCAUUGUCCUGUUCAAAGGUAAUAUUAUGAAGGCUUUCAAGACAGGGCAUAGCUACAAGCCUUAACACAUCAGAAAUCUAACCACAGCUGUCCAAAUUACUGGACUAUAUGAACAAGAGGUGACCAAGAUGUGUACCCAAUGGCACCUCAUACCAUCACUCCAGAUGAUGGACCUGCAUGAUGAAUGCAAACUGGCAAUGAUUGUUCCUCAGUGGAUCCACACAUGGAUAUGGAUAUGGCCAUAAUGAUGCUGUAUGCAGAACCAGGCUUUGUCUAAAAAGACAUUGUGAUGCCACUCCUGUGUCUGCAUUUGUCAUUGACUGCACCAUUGUAGGCAGACCUCAUUGCACUGGCACCAUCUGUACAGAUGCUUGUUCUGAAAAUGACCCAAGUUCACAGUUCAGUCACAUCAAAUACCCUUAUUCAGGGUACUUGAUGUGACUGUACGAUUCCACAAGACCAUGUGGAGAGAUGUCUGUCCUCACAGGCAUUACUGACCAGAGGCUGCUGAGAUACCAUACAGCAUUGUGUAUGGCCUUCCUGGACCCAUCAAAUCCAUAUUCUUGUGACAGUCAUGGAAUCAGGACCAACGUGAGCAGCAAUAGCGUGAAACAAUAAACUGCAGUUCCCGUAAGCCAGGGGUCGGCAACCUUUUAUUUUCGUAAAGAGCCAUUUACUGAAAUAAUACUUAUGGAGCCACCUCAAUUUUUAAAAAUAUACAUUUUUAAAAAUUGAGCAUAAAAUGUUUUUUUUUUUCUUUUGUUAAAAUGGGUUUAUUUGUGCUUUACUUAAAGGUGCUGUAAUAAAACACAAUGCAAUUCAAUUAUUUAUUAUCCAUGUUACAAUAGUCGUGAUUUUUGUUAUUAAAAAACUUUUCUUGACAUAUUAAACACUGGGAAUCCUGUUAAAUUUGAAACUGCUGCAUAGAAUUCAGUCCAUUCACUUCUCAAUUUUCUUCUACUUUUCUCUUUUUUCCAGCCAUAUUAAUUAUAAAAAGUAGAACAGUGAUUUUCUACCAAUGUAACAAAUAAGAAAAAUUAUCUAAAAACCUGUUUUUUUAUAUCUUAAGCGCAAGAAAACAAAUAGAUAAUAAUCUCCGGAAAUAUUAUGAUUAUAAUAAACUUACUUGAUAAAACAGUAGAUUAACUUCUAUAUAAAAGAUACCCAAUAGAACACAAAACUAAAAACAGAAAAUUUACAGACCACUUACCAACACAAGAGCAACACUGUAAGUGAGAAAUUCUAGAAUCAUUAUAAAAACAGUCAUAAAUUCUAGAGACAAAUAACAUUGUGUUUUCAGUCAUAAAAGUAAGGAAACUUUCCUAUUUACAGUACAAUAAACAUUUCUCACAACCAUACUCUAAUUUUUACACUUUGUGCCAUCUAAGACUUGAUAAAUACAACUAGAUGUUGUGUUCUUUAUAAAUGCUUUUAUAGGUAAAAUGACAAGUGAUUAGUGAAAUUAGAAAGUCUCUUAAAAAAUAUUAGUGGAGUUUAUGAGUUAUCUUUUCCUUUUAUUUAUAACAAAAUAAAAAUUUUAAUUUAUGUAUAUUAUUAACUAAUUUAAAAAGAGCCUCAAUUAUGCAUUAAAAGAGCCGCAGGUUGCUGACCCCUGCCGUAGGCCAUGCUUCUAUCACGAUCAAACUCUGGCACAUAUUGGUAGGCAUUCCUCCUCCUCACACGAGGCAUAACAAAACCUUUACACAAGCAACCAACAUGCAAAUGUAAUUUCUGUACGAGAAA